ACAACAAACAUGGUAGAAGGUGGAGGACAGGUGGCCGUUACACCGACACAGAGCAGAAUGCAGUAAUAUGCAAAUUUUGCAGACAACCAGUCACAGGAAAGGACAGCAACACUACAAAUGUAUUUCACCUCCUAAAACACAAACCAGAAUAUGAUGCUAGCCAGAAGGUGCGCUACGAUGCAGCAGAAGCAUCGGCUUCCAAAGCUUCAGUCAACUGAAUGUGCAACGGGCACUCAGGGUUGUCUUUCAUCAGCAACUGAGAAAAGCUCAUCAUGAAAUGAAUAUUGGUGAUUGGUGGGCUCUUGUUUUUCACGGAAUACCAGGAUUUGCUUGCCUCAGGAGUUAAAAAUGGGUUUGGAGGAGGACAAAACAGCACUGAUAGAAGGAUCAAACUGUUGUGAUAUUAGCAUUACUAUUCUCCUAAUUUACAUGAUUUGUUUUGCUCCUCUGGUCAGUGGAUUUUCCCUAAAGAGUUGCAGAGUCAGCCAGAAUGAAGCCUUGUGUAUGGACAGUCAACUCAAAUUUGUUCCUCAAGACAUUCCACAAACUGUGACAGGUUUUGAUUUAUCUAAAAACAAAAUCUCAAGAAUACAACCCUUGAAUUUCACAAAUCUACUAGUUCUGAAAGAUUUAAACCUUCAUGAAAACCAUAUUUCAAAGAUAGACUGUGCAGCUUUUGCCAAUUUGAUUUCCCUUCAGAAGUUGACUCUAAACAACAACAAACUCGUUAAACUUGAAGACGGGGCUUUUGAUGGGUUGAGCAACCUCACUGAGUUAAGACUUAAUACCAACAAAAUCACACUAGUGUCAUCCACUGCUUUUCAGUCCUUGACGAGAUUAAAACUUUUGGAUAUUUCUAAUAACAAACUUGAAACGAUGAAAAAUCUUCAUCUGAUGUUGCAGCAUAUGCCACAACUACAUGAGUUUGUGAUAAGAAAAAAUUAUUUAAAAAGUUUUCAUUCAUGGGAACUUACAAACCGCUCACUAGAUCUCCGUGCCCUUGAUUUGUCUCGUAAUCCCAUAAGAGACUUCAGGAUAACUGCCAAUAUCUUUCCAAAUCUGACUCGUUUUAUCAUCGGCGACCCUUUCAGUUUCAUACCAAUGACAUGGGACGUGAAAAAUAAGACUUUUCUAAGACAAGUGUUCAGUCUUGAUAUCAGUGGGCUUCAUACAACUCUUGAAAACAUGGAAGUAUUACUCGGAAUGAUGAACUCAUCACUAACAUCUCUCGCGGUGAACAGAAUAAAACGCAAUUGGAGAAAACUAAUCAACCUCUCUUGCUCCAUUCCAACGUUGUCCAAAUUGCAGUUGCGCAGCAACAAUCUCAGAUUCAUCUUUACAGAUUUAUUUAAACUGUGUGUUAACGUGAUAGAAUUGGAUUUAUCAGAAAAUCAUAUCAAAACUAUCUACGAGAAUGCCUUCACAUCUAUGGCAAAUUUAAAGAUUUUAAAACUCAGUCAGAAUAAACUUUCAUCUGUUCCUACUGCCAUACAGACUUUGCAGAAUCUUUCCAAGCUUGAUCUCAGCAAAAACAUCAUCACCACUAUCAAGUGUCAAGAUUUCUCCAAUCAGACAAAGCUUAAGGAACUAAACCUGCAGAAUAACUCAAUCUUAGCUCUAACUGACUGUGCUUUCAAGGACUUGGUGCAACUCCAAGUCCUCAGAUUACAAUCCAACCAAAUUACUGAUUUAAAAGGAGCUUUUAAACACAAUCUUCCAAACCUUAAACGGCUGCAUUUGAAUGGAAAUAAACUCACUGCUAUUGGGAAAUGGGAAUUUAAAGGACUGAAUCCUCUGUGGAAUCUGUCACUACAUCAAAAUCAAAUAAAGACACUUGAUAAAGACUGUUUUGUUGGACUGAUUCAUCUCACUGACGUUCAGCUUCAGUCAAAUGUACUUACAACCCAUACCUUAAAAACAGGGGCCUUUAAUGCUCUUGUUAAUCUAAAACGAUUGGAUUUAAGCGAUAAUCACAUCAAAUAUUAUAACAGUACACCUCUGAAAGAAACACCAUUUUCUAAUCUUUCCCAUUUGGAAGAGUUGUCUAUUGAUGGCCAGCACCACAGGGGAAAGUCUUGUCUACCUUCUAACUUUCUCCGAGGUUUAACAAACCUUUUGCGUUUCAAUGCUAGGAACUGUCAGCUUAUCUGCCUCAAUAAAGACACAUUUAUGUACACACCUAAACUGGAAAGACUUGAUAUAAGCUCAAAUGAUUUGGGAACUCUGUCUCCGCAACUGUUUGCCCCGAUUCAAAACCUUAAAAGCCUCUACAUAUCCAGGAUUUCUCUUCAGUCAUUAGACUUCCUCAUAUAUGCCAACCUAACCAAGCUAGAGUUCCUUCAGGGAAGACACAAUCAAUACUCAGUCAUCACAAAAGAUGUAAUACAAUCCCUUCCAUCUCUUGUGUAUGUGGACUUUAAGUAUAAUAGUUUCUACUGUGACUGUGAUAACGUCUGGUUUCUUAACUGGACAAUAGCCAGUAAACAAACACAGGUUAAUGAUGCAUACAACUAUUCUUGCAACUACCCAGAUGAAUUCAAAGGCAAAAAGCUUUUGGACUUUAACUUCAAAUCCUGUUUACAGGAUAACGGCUACAUCUGCUUUGUGUUCACAACAUCUAUGAUCUUCUUUGUCAUGAUUGGAUCCUUCGCUUAUCAUUUCAUGAGGUGGCAGCUGUACUGUGCAUACUACCUAUUCUGGGCAUGGCUCUUUGACUCGAGGUAUAAAAAUAAGCUAGUUCCUCACCAGUACGACGCCUUUAUCUCAUACAACUCCACUGAUGAGCCCUGGGUGAUUGGAGAACUGGUACCCAAACUGGAAGGAGAGCAGGGCUGGAGGUUGUGUCUGCACCAUCGAGACUUUGAACCAGGAAAGCCAAUCACAGAUAACAUCACAGACGCCAUCUAUGGAAGCAGGAAGACCAUCUGUGUCAUCAGCCGCAGAUACCUGGAGAGCGAGUGGUGCUCCAGAGAGGUCCAGAUAGCCAGCUUCCGUCUCUUUGACGAGCAGAGGGAUGUGCUGAUCCUGAUUUUUCUUGAGGAUAUUCCCACCUACCUGCUGUCUCCUUUCCACCGCAUGAGGAAGCUCCUGAAGAAGCAGACCUACCUGAGCUGGCCACGAGCCGCAGACCACCCGGAGGUGUUCUGGGAGAAGCUUAGAAAGGCUUUACAGACCAGAAAUGAUCCCAGUGAGGACAACGUCCUCCUCAGUUUAACAGAUACCCAGUGAUGAGAAGGAAGCAUCUUUACUACUGGAGAUGUGCUCUCGUUUUGUUGUAAAAUAUUAGAUUAGCAACAGAAAAGCUGCAGCAAGAGUACAUUUGGCUAAUUUCCUUACAGCUUCUUUGGAAACUGACAUAAAAAGUGUUGAACCAAAGGAAAACAAGAACUCUGAAAAAACAAAAGCCUAUGGUUAAGGUAUUAUGUAUAUGAAAAUAAGUAUAUUUUGUAUGAAUUUUGUAUUAUUAUUAUUAUUAUGCUCUAUAUGUGUGUAAUCUGUACAUGUGUAUUUGUCAACUGUAUUAUGUUGCUCUUCGUAAGGCUCACAUUUAGUGUUUUUUCCAUUGAACUUUUAGCUGUGUUUUUAGAUUUAAUGGAAGGCUUAUUGUGUUAAUCUGUAAAUGAAAUGUGCUUCAUAAAUAAAUUUUGGCUUUCUUUUAACUCAACUCUUUUUCUCAGAAAUACGUUUGUUUCAACA